AUGGAACAAACCCUAGAAGCAGAGGACAGCAUCAACAUCAACCUCAACCUCAACAACAACAGAGGAAGCGAACCGAACCCUAAUCAAUCACAACAGUGGGAAACAAUGGCUCGGCUUUGGCUCAGUGCCUUUCAUGGAGUCAAAGCAGUGAGUCCGAUCGAGGUCGAGUCAUGGAUUGAUUCUAAUUACUCAUCUUUACCAUCUGAUUUACAAGCCAUGCCUCGUUCUGACGUCAUUGAUCGCUUGCUUUCUAUUCAAAAUUACAUGACACUUCCCAAUCAGAAUCAGGUAAUGGAAUCGAAUCAGAUUGAUGUUCCACAUGCUCGAUUUCAACGCACAGAUCAAUGGCUACCGGUUUAUUCCUGGUUGGAAUCUUUGGAUAAAGAUGAGGUAGUCAAGUCCAAAGAUAUUUCUGACUGGCUGACUGAGAAUCCAGAUAUUAGAGAACAGUUGUGCUCUAGGCAUUCUCGAUAUCAUUUGAUGCACUACAUUAAAAAAUGCCAUGUAAAGAUACUGAAGAGGAGGGAAAGGAAGAAGGGUGUACAGCCGACUGACAAUCCAACUUCUCCAAAAUUUCAGAAGAAUGUGGAGGUGAAAGAACUGGCACCAGUUCCAAUGUUGAAUCCUUUGAACAAUAUACCUAAGGAUAGCGAAUUGUAUGUGGCAAAACGAAAUGAGGCUCUUCGGAAAUAUGAGAUUUUGUUGGAGUUGGAGAAGAAGCUUACUCCCCACUUUUCGAAACGUCAGGCUGUAAACAACUGA